AUGCAUUGCCAAAAGUGCCGCCAGCCGUUGAAGCUGGACAGCUCUCUCGACGACCUCAACCCAGCCGCAUAUGAUCUUCUUGUUUCAGCCACAUCGUCUUCACAAACAGCGACCAAAGCCUCAACCCCGCGACCAUCAGUACUCCAAGCUCAAGAACAAUCACGAAAGUCACUCUACGAUAAAGUAUCGCAGAAUGCUACCGCGCCGACCUUCAAGCGAUACCGGGGCGGCCAGCCCCGCGACGCUACAAUGUCCUUCAUCUAUCUCACCGAGUCACAAGUUGGGCAUCCUCUAUCACCUCAGCAGCAGCAGAAAGAACGAGCAAUAAUCCCCCCGCGCCGACGAGGAUCUAGCACAAAUGGAGCCCCAGAAGACGAGCCCCAGGCAAAUAAAGGAGAUGACUUGGACAAGAUAAACCGGCUAUUCGAAAUAUUGUCCGCCAGGUCCGACAUCGAUCACCCAGUCUGUGUGGACUGUACCGAACUACUAGUGGAAGGCCUCCAAAAGAAACUCGAUUCCGCAUCCAAGGAAAGAGACGCAUAUGUUCAAUACCUGAAAGAUGUCCAAAGUAAUCGACCGAGUGAAGAGGACGUCAAGGCUUGGAAAGAAGCUCUGAAGAAGGCAGAGAAAGACAAGGCCGCUGCAAUGGAGGAGCUGAAAAGGCUGGAAGCUGAGAAGGAUACCUUGGAUGAGGAGAUAUGGGCAUUAGAGGAGGAGUCUCGACAACUGGACAAAGAAGAGGAGAACUUUUGGAGGGAAAGGAACGCCUUUGCCACCAAAAUGGCAGACUUCCAGGCUGAGCGCGACAGCAUAAAUGCGAAGUAUAACAAUGACUCGCAGCUGCUUGAGAAGCUACAACGAUCCAAUGUCUACAACGACACCUUCUGCAUCAGCCACGACGGGAGCUUUGCUACCAUCAACGGCUUGCGCCUAGGCAGGCUCUCCAAUAAACCUGUGGAUUGGCCAGAAGUCAAUGCCGCUUGGGGCCAUGCGCUGCUCCUGCUGGUGACAGUUGCUGAUAAGCUUGGGUAUAGAUUCCAAGGGUACGAACCGGUGCCGUUGGGGAGUACCUCCAAAAUCAUCCGAUACGAGCUGCCAAACCCAGCAUCCAGUAGAUUAGGAGGCCGGGCGAUGCAUGCGCCCCCAAAGAAACAGGUCCUAGAGUUGUACAGCUCAGGAGACAUGCCGCUUGGGCUCACGUUUAUGCACCGCAAAUUCGAUACUGCCAUGGUUGGUUUCCUCGAGCUAGUUCGGCAACUGGGUGUCUUUGUUCAACAGCAAACAGAGUCAACCGGCGUCCCAUUGACUCUUCCGUACAAGAUCGAAGGAGACAAGAUUGGGGAUACCAGUAUCAAGCUCGGCAUUGCGCAGGAUGAUGGAUGGACAAAAGCAUGCAAACUCACGCUUACAUGCUGCAAGUUUCUGCUGGCCCACGCUAGCAAUGUGACUUCAAAUGCGAGAAACGGCACUUAG